ACUGAAUAUGAGCAAAUACACGGUAUCUAUCUCUCAACAAGCCACACCCCACUUAUUAUUAUUAUUAAUAAAAUAAUAAGAUUAUUAGAAGCUUCAGAAGAAAAAAAAAACCAGACAGAAUAAGAAGAGAGCUUCCGGUUGAUUCAGAGGUGUAAAAGGGUCGGAUUUUCAAUUUUUUGAGACCGAACCGGAUAAAGAGACAAGCGAGUUAGGCUGUAGCCUACUAGAUUAUAUGAUUUGUCGAGAAGAGAAAGCGACUGAGUUGAGGUCUUUCUGAGCUGAUUUUCUCUUAUCUCUCUCGUUAAUGGCGGAUUCCAUAAGAGGCUAAAGUAUAACUAAUGAUUACGCAGGAUAUGGGUCACCAUCACCAGCACAAUACCAGCGAUGGCGUUUCUCAGCGAGUUAAUAGCCCGAGAUUCUCAGGCCCAAUGACUCGCCGAGCCCACUCGUUUAAGCGCAACGUUAACAACUCCCAGAACAGUAACAUCAUCAACAAUGGCGGCAGUAGCAUCGGAAACAUUGGAGGUGGCGGCCAUGGUAAUAACGGAAGUGGGUUAAGUCCCCAUCACGAGAUUGAGCUGCAACUCACCUCACCCAGAUCUGAAAUCGGCAGUAACACGGUUUCUGUAGAUGGGCUUGACUCGGUUAUGGAAAGGAGGCUGCCCCACUAUGUGAACCAGAGGUUUCAUGUUGGGGGUGUUAGGGGACUAUUGAGGAAGCCCAUUGGAUCGGUGGUUGCGGAUUUGGGGUUGAAGGAAAGGAAGAAGCUUGGGCAUUGGAUGUUCUUUGUGUUCUGCGGUAUGUGCUUGUUUCUUGGCGUUUUGAAGAUUUGUGCAACUGGGUGGUUUGGAUCUGUCAUUGAUAAAGCUGGUUUCGAUCAGGAUUCAUCUGAGUCCAUCACUCAUGAAUCUAUGAUGGACCAAAGCUCUAAAGAUUACGUAUUUAGAGAAAAAGGAGCUGAUGUUGAGCGAACUCUAAUGAUGGUAUCAACUGGUGUUGUAGAUAGCCAGAAAGACAAAGAGGAAUACUCAGGUAUCUGGUCUAAACCCAACAGUGAGAAUUUCACUCAGUGCACUGACCAGUCAAACAAUCAUAAAAAAUUAGAUGCAAAGACCAAUGGUUAUCUUCUCAUAAAUGCUAACGGUGGCUUGAAUCAGAUGAGAUUUGGGAUUUGCGAUAUGGUUGCUGUUGCUAAGAUCAUGAAAGCAACUCUUGUCCUUCCUUCUCUAGAUCACAGCUCCUAUUGGGCCGAUGAGAGUGACUUUAAAGAUCUGUUUGAUUGGCAGCACUUCAUCGAGACAUUGAAGGAUGAAGUCCACAUAGUUGAGUUGCUACCGCCUGCCUAUGCUGGAGUUGAGCCCUUCUUAAAAACACCAAUAUCUUGGUCUAAGGUUGAUUAUUAUAAGAAAGAGGUUCUUCCCUUGUUGAAGCAGCACAAAGUAGUCUAUUUUACUCAUACUGAUUCUAGGCUUGCCAAUAAUGAGAUUCGAGAUUCCAUACAAAAGUUGAGGUGUCUUGUCAAUUACAAGGCACUAAAAUAUUCGGCUCAAAUAGAAGAACUAGGGACGACCUUGGUUUCUAGAAUGAGACAGAGUGGAAGCCCCUAUCUUGCUCUGCAUUUGAGGUAUGAGAAGGAUAUGCUUGCAUUUACAGGGUGCAGUCAUAAUUUGACAGAAGAAGAGGAUGAUGAACUGCGUAGAAUGCGUUAUGAAGUUAGCCAUUGGAAAGAGAAGGAGAUUAAUGGGACAGAGAGAAGGUUACUUGGUGGUUGCCCAUUGACCCCAAGGGAGACUUCACUUUUACUCAGAGGGCUUGGUUUUCCGUCCAAUACUAGGAUAUACUUGGUAGCCGGUGAAUCUUAUGGAAAUGGUAGCAUGCAAUAUCUUAAGGAUGACUACCCCAACAUCUUCUCUCAUUCGACCCUAGCUACAGAAGAUGAGCUGAGACCUUUUGAAAAACAUCAGAAUAUGUUGGCUGGUAUAGACUAUGUGGUUGCUCUUCAGAGUGAUGUGUUUGUGUAUACUUACGACGGGAAUAUGGCCAAGGCAGUUCAAGGACACAGACGCUUUGAGAAUUUCAAGAAGACUAUUAAUCCUGACAAGAUGAAUUUUGUAAAACUUGUAGAUCAAUUGGAUGAAGGAAUGAUAUCUUGGAAGAAAUUCAGUUCAAAAGUGAAGAAGCUUCAUGAAGACAGAGAUGGAUCUCCAUAUCUGAGAGAACCUGGAGAGUUUCCAAAGCUGGAGGAAAGUUUUUACGCAAAUCCACUACCGGGAUGUAUUUGUGAAACAGGGCAUGAUUAAUUAAGAGUUCUUUCUCAUGGUGCCAGUUUGAGCUGCAAGCAAUGACUGCUAUUGGUUUAGACAUUGGCUAGGGGCAUGGCAAUUUUUCCCAAAUUCAGGCCACUGCACGGUUGUGGUAAAAAGAAACCUUGAAGCCUGUGGAAAUUAAUACAAGAAAGUUAGAAGACAUUGCAACAAAAAUUGUAAGUCAUCACAUCUUAUUCGCAAUAGAUACGACUCCUAAGUAAACAUUUAUACCAAGAAUAGAAUCACUUCUCUAUACUAAACCCACAUUUUUAUUAUGACCAUAUCUUUUUUAUUGUCUACUUUUGUUUUUCUUCUAUUUUGUAUUUUUGUGGAGAGGAAUUAUAGAAUGUAAUCAAAUUUAUUGAAUCUGAAAUAACUGAUGGGAGUACCAGAUGAUGUGAUACUAAUGUAUUGUACUACUAGGACCACAAUACUGCGGAAUGCUCUUUAUGAAAAUGGAAUAUCAAAAUUUUACUGUCAAA